CACUUUCUUUCUCAUCCUCCCUCUUGUCUUGAGAACCUCCGCCAGUCCUUUCAUCCUGAAAUCGUUCUCAACAUCCACUCAUUCCAUCGUUCACGAUGCUCCGCCUCAAGAAUCUCCUUGUUUUCCUUCUGGUGUUUGGGUUGUUCAUGCAGACUGCCCUGACAAACCCUCAGAGUCCCACUUCCAGUGAUGUUGUGAACAUCGACCACCUGGACUCGCACGAGGACAGCCCUGGUGAAGAACCUGACACCCAGCCUACUGCAGACCAUGAUAUCCCCUCCGUGUCAGACGAAGCUGCCCCUGAUGACGGCGUUCUUGAUGGUGACGACCAGAGCGAGGGCCUUAUCCAGGGCGGAGGAAAGAGCCAGGUCCCACGUCCCGGCACUUCUCGCGAUGAGUCCGCGGAAGAUGAUGAUCAGAGCGAUGUGGGUGGUUUUGAUGCUGUUGAUGGGUUGAACACCACUGAUCACUCGGAACUUGCUGAUGAUUCGAACACCACUGAUGAUUCGAACACCACUGAUGAUUCGGAUACCACUGAUGCUACAAACACCACCGAUGACUCGGAAACCCCUGAUGAUUUAAAUACCGCUGAAGAGCCGAUCACCACCGAUGAUUUGGACACCCCUGCUGAUCUGAACACCACGGAUGAUUCGAUCACCACUUCUGGUCAUCUGAACCUCACCGAAAGUCCAAGCAACCAGACGCUGCCUAUCCUGCCUCGCUUUCCACCCCCGCAAUGCAAGGGGACCUGCACCCUGAAGCACAAGUGCUACUGCGAAGGUGGUUCUGUAACCCAUUGCCGUUGCCCCAGAAUUGGCUUCCCAUGCUCGUGCACGCGCUACCUCGACAAUCCAGCUGCCCGAUUGGAACACUCCCCCACCGAUGAGGGUUCGAACACCACCUCAACCAUGAACACGACCUCGACUCUGAACACUCGCUCGGCCUCAGGGACCGAUGAUGAGGAACCGGACACCAACGAACAGUUGGACACCAACGAACAGUUGGAUACCAACGAGGAAGUGGAGAGUACCCCGGUGUCACAUCUCGCUCAAGCGCCCGCCGGGCCUUGCAAGGGUCGCUGCACAAUCCAUGGAAAGUGUAUGUGUGGAGGCUUGACCAAAUGUACUUGUCGACACGCUGGACAGACUUGCUCGUGCGUCAACUGAGAAGCUGUCUUUGGAAUCGCUUGUUGGCAUGUCUGUAGGAUGCUUUGAGUGAUCAGACUCGCUUUGGAGCUUUGUUGGUGUUGUCGUUGUGCUUUUCCUCUGGCAAAAGUCGUUGUUGUUGGGCGUUGCGCUCGGAUCAUGUAUCUAUCAUGUUAACCUUUGUGGCUCUGCCAUUUGAAUAAUGAGAGAGAAAAGUCUUUUUGAUUGACUUUGGGUAAUUUUUUUUUGAAA